AUGGGUCGAGCAUCAACAGAAGGAGUGGACAACUAUGGCAACGGGGUGCAAGAGCCCCCGGUAGUUGACGCAGACGUCGUCAGGAAGGAGCAAAAGGUUACCUUUAAGGCUUGCUUGCUCGGCGGUGUUGCUAGUAUAGGUGGUUUCAUGUUCGGCUAUGUCAGUGGUCAAAUCUCCGGUUUCUUCCUCAUGCAGGAUUACGGCCACCGCUUCGGCGAGGCCGACGCCGGCGGCGGCUUCUAUUUCAGCGCUGCCCGCCAGGGCGCCAUCGUCGGUCUCCUCAGUGUUGGAUGUCUGUUCGGCUCUCUCCUCUCCGGUAAGAUGGCCGAUAUCAUCGGUCGCAAGCUCUCCAUUUCCAUCGCCGCGCUCAUUGGCGCCCUGUCCGUGCUCGUGCCCAUGUAUCAGUCCGAAUGCAGUCCGGCCAUCAUCCGCGGUAUCCUCGUUGCCUCGUACCAGCUCUUCGUCACCCUCGGUAUCUGGACCGCCGAAAUGGUCAACUGGGGCACCGAGUCGCGCACCAACUCGGCGUCGUGGCGCAUUCCCAACGAGCCCCGCUACGCCUACCGCAAAGGUCGUCGUGACGAGGCCCGCCUCACCAUGGCCAAGCUCGCGGGCGCGGACCCCCACGCCGCCAGUAUCAACAAGGAGGUCGCCGAGAUCCAGGAAAAGCUUGAUGCUGAAAAGGAUGCCAGCGACACCCACUGGCACGAGAUCUUUACCGGCCCGCGCAUGUUCUACCGCACUGCGCUCGGCAUGGUCCUGCAGGCUGGCCAGCAGCUCACCGGUGUCAACUACUUCUUCUACUACGGCACCACUGCCUUCCAGUCGACCGGUAUCAGCAACAGUUAUACCACUCAGCUUAUCCUUGGUUCCGUCAACGUCGUCUGCACCAUCGCCGGCCUGUGGGUUGUAGCCAACGUUGGCCGUAGGAAGGCGCUUAUGGCCGGCGCGGCCUGGAUGAUGGUGUGCUUCUUGAUCUACGCCUUUGUCGGACACUUUGCCCUCGACCGCGCAAACCCCAUGAACACCCCGGACCAGGUGGUGUCCUCAUCGCGUUCUCUACCGUGGUCGCUGCUUGGCCUUGGCUACCGCGUCUAA